GCGGGAGGCGGGGCGGCGCGUGACCUGGGCCUCUCCGCGGCGCGCAGCCAAGGCACUGACCUUUGGACUGGAUGCUUCAGAGCAUUUGAAAGAACUAUCAGGAUGAUUUUGAACUAGCCACAUUAGAAAUCUUGUCGGAAYACUGCCUCCAUCCAGCACAUAUCUGCCCAGUGGAGUUUUCCUAGAGUGGAGCUUGAAGGUGCUGUUAUGUAGACAUUCCUGCUGAUGCUCAUGGAACCAGACUGGUGGAUUUGACUUCUCUUACUUUAUUAUAUUCUGAAUUCCAAAAGGUGUAGAGAUAUUCAUGAAACUGAAGAGGCUACGCGGAAAGGAAGAAGCACUUUCAUCUGAAYAAAAACUAAGAAGUGGCAAUCAAGAUAGAAAACACCUAACCCUACCACACCGGCUUCUCUGCAAUGGAGACACAGCUGGGGAGCAAGAAGUGAUACUGGAAAAAGAAAUCCAAAUAAACAGGAUGAGGCUGACUGAGAAGUAAAUGGCCACCUCUACCUCCCCAGAGACAAAGUCAGCCYCUUGGUGGAAUUAUUUUUUUCUCUAUGAUGGCUCCAAGGUGAAGGAGGAAGGAGAUCCCACCCGAGCUGGCAUUUGUUAUUUUUACCCUCCUCAGACCCUGCUGGACCAGCAGGAGCUGCUGUGCGGGCAGAUUGCCGGAGUGGUCCGCUGUGUCUCUGACAUUUCUGACUCUCCUCCUACCCUCAUCCGUCUUCGGAAGCUCAAGUUUGCCGUGAAGGUGGACGGAGAUUACCUCUGGGUGCUGGGCUGCGCCGUGGAGCUCCCUGAUGUCAGCUGCAAGCGGUUUCUGGAUCAGCUCAUCGGAUUCUUCCAUUUUUACAAUGGGCCUGUUUCCCUGGCUUAUAAGAGCCGUUCUCAGGAAGAACUAAGCUCGCAGUGGAACACCUUCAUCCAGCGCGUUCUGAGCAACACUAGCGAUCUGCACAAGAUAUUCAAUUCCCUCUGGAACUUGGACCGAACCAAGGUGGAGCCGCUGCUGCUGCUGAAGGCAGCUCUCAUCCUACAGACCUGCCAGCGCUCGCCUCACGUACUAGCUGGGUGCAUCCUCUAUGAAGGACUGAUCGUGAGCACCCAGCUGCAGCCCUCGCUCACAGCCAAGGUCCUGCUUCACCAGCCUGCACCUCGGGACCAGAGACUCUCCGCAGCAGGGGCCGCCCCACAGGAAGCGGGAACAGCGUUCCCCCCGAAUGUUCUGAUCACACCUGUCUUCGUGACCCAAGAGGAAGCUGUGAGCCUCCGAGAGUUCCCAGCGGAGCGGGUGCCUGGCUCUCCCACGCCUUCAGCCCGACUCCAGGACACUCCGGCCCAGCACGCUACAAAGAGUCGGGGCAUAUCUGCCCCAAAGGAACAUGCCACCAGGCAUGCGGAAUCUGUGUCCUGUAUGCCAGUGACCACUCCAGCGCCUCUGAGUCCAGGGAGAGCCUGGCCAAGUGGCAGGCAGGAGAAUGGGCAUGUGCCUGGCCGGGAGCUGGAGCCCCUUGGGUCUGCGGGACUGCGCAGCCUGGUCCAGAGCCAGGGUCUUGGCCUCAGCUGCUCGCUGCAGGAGCCAGGCUUUCCCGAGGGAGAGCUGGACUUGUCUGAAGUCCACAUUCCAGAAGCUCAUGAAGAAGGACCGUCUUCAGGCCAUCUUGCUUUCCCACAUGUGUGUGCCCUGGGUGGCAGAGGUCCCUGCAGCCAAGAACCUGUGAAUGGUGCCAGCAGUUUGGAGCCCACAGUGCCUGAGGACUCAGCUGUCAGCAGCCGCUUCUCUCCUGCCCCUCCUGAGACACUCACCCAGAACGGAGUCCUAGAACAGGGCGAGGACCUUCCUGCCACCAGUGGCCACACCCUUGUUCCUGGAGCAGAUCCUCUCCCCAGAAGGACCAGCAGGCCCUUGCCACCGCCUUGCCCAGAUCCAGGGCAGAGAGAGACUGAGCUGUCUUGUGGGGAGCAGGGUGUGGCUCAGGGUGUCGACGGGGUCCACAGGAGCCUGGAGGGCCCUGGAUUGGAGGGCAGUUCAAACUCCGCCAACCCUCAGGGUGACAGGCCCUCUGCAGACAGAGCGGACUGCACGCUGGCCGCAGCAGGGUCCCACUCGGGACUUGUGCAGAUGAACCUGUACACCCACAGCGUCAAGGGCCUGGUGCUGUCCCUGCUGGCCGAGGAGCCGCUGCUGGGAGAUGGCGCCGCCAUUGAGGAGGUGUACCGCAGCAGCCUGGCGUCCCUGAACGGGCUGGAGGUGCACCUGGAGGAGACGCUGCCGGCCGAGGAGGCGGGCCCCGCCCGCAGCACCUACACCUUCACGCACUACGACCGCGUCCAGAGCGUGCUCUCCGCGAACCUGCCACAGGCGGCCACCCCCCAGGACCGCCGCUUCCUCCAGGCCGUCAGCCUCAUGCACUCGGAUUUUGCCCGGCUGCCUGCGCUGUACGAAAUGACCGCCAGGAACGCCUCCACCGCCGUGUUCGCCUGCUGCACCCCCGCCCAGGAGACCUACUUCCAGCCUCUGGCAGCCGUGGCCCGGAGCUCCGGCUUCCCCAGCCCCGAGGACAGCGCCUUCAGCCUCCCCGGCCGAGCCAGGCAGAAGCUGCUGAAGCACGGGGUGAACUUGCUCUGAACUGUGUCCACAGCCACAGGGUCUGAGGAGCAGUGACCUUGAACAGCGCCAGCAAGGGGAGCUCUGCCCUCAGUGAGGCCUGCGCCGUCUGCUUCUCGUGGAGUGCCCCGUUCCAGGGAAGGGGCCCCGAGUGCCACUCCUUUCCCAGCCUGGGCUGUGGGUAAAUGGGGGUCCUCGGGGUCUGCAGACGUGGCGCAGUUUGGUAAGCGCCCUCUUUGGCCACAUGGGGCCAGGAUGGCUGCUAGGUCCUUGUACCAAAGAAGCUCAGGGUUGGUUGUUUCCCUGUCACCCUGGGCCGGAGGCUUUUGAUGUCCCUGCUUCUGUUCAUCCCAGCCUGAAGGGUGCUGCAGUCUAAGUUGGCAUUGUGUUCUAGAACCUAAUUGUCCCCAGUCCAGGGUGUUUGUUCAACCCCAUCACAAGGUGGGCAGGGUGAGGUGUCCCGAUGAGGAGGGGGGGUCUGUUACCAGCUGUCCCCCUCAUUUCUCAGGUCUCGCCCUCCUCCAGGGAGGGGCUGCAGGCGGGGAGGGGCUCCCUGGAGGGGGCUGCGCAAAGCCCUGCGCUGGUCCUCAGUCUGACGGUGCCAGAGGAGCCCCGACGGCAGGUGGCACUUCAGAAGAUCCACAAUGGAGAAGGGAAGGGCAGGGACAGCAGGACCAACCUUGCAGCUCUGUGGCUGCUUCCUUCCGUUGGUGUCCCCAACGGGAGUUCCCAUGACCUCGGGGCAAAGCAAGACCGAGUUCCCAGCAGCUGUGAGGGGGAGAGUGGACCUUCCCCUGGCAGAGCCCCUGCAAGGUGGUCAGGCGCUGGGGUCCAGGACACGGGUCAGAGCUGUCCAGGUUUGCUGGAAACACCGAGAUGCCCUUAGGACUCCUGGUGGAGCAAGUCACGUUGGGAGCAGUGGUGUCGAUGACCUGUUGUCUUUUCUUGAAACAAGUUUCCAAGGGCUAAAAAUAAAACACAUGUCAAA